AUGGCAAAGGUGACGGUGUUCACGGUGCAGGCGACGCGCACGUUCAACUUUGUCGCGGGCGACGUGCUCGUCGUCCCGCGCAACUGCGGGCACUACAUCGAGAACAUCGGCGACGAGCCGAUCGAGAUGCUCGAGAUCUUCAAGUCGCCCAAGUUCGAGGAGUUCUCGCUGAACCAGUGGCUGGCCGUCACGCCGCCGACGCUCAUCAAGGACCACUUGCAUGUGGGCGAUGAGUUCGUGAAAGCGCUCGACAAGGGCCACACGCCUAUCCGCAGCGCCGCUGCGAAGCUGUAA